GAUGCACGGCAGCUGUAGCCUCCGCCAUGGACAUUGGUGAGGGAGGAGGAGGGGAUGGAGGGGGAGGAGAGGACAGAGACGCGGACCUCGGUCCCCAGGCUUUAUCCGGCACUUUCCUGACCUCGGCGUUCAUUGCCGAGCAGGGGAUGGCCUCUCGUACCUCAGCCGGGGUCCCUGCCAAAGAGCCCUCGACCCUGCGCGAGAAGCAGGGCGAGGCGAGCGCCGAGGGGUCCCGGUCUGGAGGAGAGACCCAGGUAGGGGGGCAGAAGGACAGACGCCAUCACACACGUCAAGAGGAUGGAGCGUGUCAAAAGCAGCAGAUGAAAACCAUCUUCCGGGAAGAAUAUCUGUCAGGGCAAAACGGGGAGGGUUACUCUGGCAUGGGAGUGAAGUCGGCAACAGGGGGUCUCCCAAAAACCCUCGGCAGCAGCAGCAGAAGAGGAGAUGAGGAGGAAGAAGAGGAGGAGGAGGAGGAGGAGGAGGAGGAGGCCAUCUCAAACCAAAGCCAAACUAAAUCCAAAUGUUCUUUAUUACCUCAACAGAGCCAGCAAAGCGCUUCUUCCAGCACGGUAAAGGCCAGUGGCACGCUCGACAGCAAAACAGCCGCAUCUCCAAAGUCCUCCCAGACUUCCCCCACCUCUCCAAAAGCCUCCCCUUUUCUCUCCACUUCUCCAAAGCACCUCACUAGUUCAUCCUGCUCUUCUGCCCUGCUGAGUGACACAGAGGCAAAAGACAUACCAGGAGAUCAGGGCUGGAUUUCUGGGUUUCCUCAGAGCUUUAAAUCCCAGCAGUCGACUCUGGCUUUCCCACUGGCAGGUGUGGAGGGGGCCAGUGCGCCUGCUGAGAACGACGGGCCGGCAGGGGUUCCUCACUCUUCCAUUUCCAAUGGAGAUGGUGCCAAAGCUCCAGAACCAAAUGACAGCCAGCUUGAGACGGACAUGGACGACGAGCUAGACACAGAAAGAGAACCGAAAGAUGCUGUCCCCCAAAACCUCACCCAAGAGCUCUCUCCAAAUUCCCUGACGAAUCACAUGACUUUGAUGCACUCACGCAAUUCCUGCAAGACGCUGAAAUGCCCCAAGUGUAACUGGCACUACAAGUCUCAGCACACACUGCAACUCCACAUGAGAGAGAAACAUCCAGAGACGGGAAGCCAGUGUGUGUGCGCCACCUCUGGUGGGAAGUGCGUUUGCGGCAGCUCGACGCGGGGUGUGUGUGGUUACUGCACUUCAGGGAAAGCCCAUCCCCGCUUGGCCCGGGGAGAAACCUAUGCCUGCGGCUACAAGCCCUACCGCUGCGAGGUGUGUGACUACGCUACCUCGUCCAAAGGCAACCUCAGCAUACACAUGCAGUCAGAUAAACACCUUAAUAACGUGCAAAACGGGGGACACGCCAAUAGCCAGACACAUACUUUGCAUAUCGGUAACACCAACGGCGGCUCCUCAAACGGGGCCGCAAUAGACGAGCAGACGUAUAAGCAGCCGCUUCCGAUUCCAACCUCCGCCGGCCAGCCCGCCAAGCUCACGGCACCUGCGCACUCUCCUUCGCACGGCAAGCGUUGGCGGUGUGACGUCUGCGACUACGAGACGAGCAUCGCCCGCAACCUGCGCAUACACACCACCAGUGAGAAACACACGCAUAACAUGCUGAGGCUGCAGAGGGGUUACUACCUGUCCCACUGCAGGAGCCUUGCUCCCCAUUUGAAACAUCUACAGAACACAGGUGGGGAACUAUCCUUGAACAUGAGACUGACGCCGCAACAAGUCACCGAACAGCCUGUCACUCUUGGCUCAACGCUGACUCCUUCCCCGUCGCCUUCACCCUCUCCCCCGCCAGUCAUGUCUUUGUCUCCCACCGGACCUCUCUCCCAGGGUGUCUUCCAAUGCCUCAUCUGCUCCUGCUUUUCCUCUGACAGCUUAGAGUCUGUGGAGCAGCACCUGAGCGCCCCUCGCUCCCUGCCCCAGUCCGAAUGGUGCUCCCUUGUCGCUGGUGGCUGCCACUGCAGACUGUGCGGCUACACCACCCCGCUGAGGGCUAACUUCUCCUUGCACUGCCAGACUGACAGGCACAGAACCCGUUACCAGCUUGCGGCUCACGUUCAAGAAGGGGGCGACCGGGACCAGGAAGGUGCCGCCUUAAUAGCUAAGGGCAACCCUAUUCAGCUGAGGUGCAACCUGUGUGAGUAUGCAACGAGCAGUUUGGAGAAGCUGCAAGGACAUUCCCGGAGUUCCCACCACGAGUCCAGCGUCCGGGUUUACAAAUUCCUGCAGCAGUAUGACGGUGAGGUCGACGGCGGUUCAUUCCUGUUCCAUUGUCUCCUAUGCAACAACUCCUCUUCCUCCAAGCUUCAAGUUUUAAAACAUAGUCAAACCCCGACCCAUCAGCAAAGGGAGGGGCUGCUACAGUUGCAGCCAAUGGGCGGAGAAGAGCUGGCAGCAAUUUUUACCAUCAGAAAAAGCACCGACGGGGUCACAGGAGAACUUAAUGAGGAUGUGGAAAAUUCUGGCGAGGUCACCACUGGUCCUCUGGACCAAACCAAAGACAACUUAGGGGUAAAGCCAAGUGAUAAAGAAACAGGUGAAAAAGCGGCAGGGGAGGCAGACAGGAGGGAGUCUUUUAAACGUCAAGCAUCUGGAUGUGGGGAAAUAGAAAACUCCAUCACAACCAAACGACCCCGAACACACCAGCUGAGCGAGAACCAGCAGACCGUCCUGUGUCCUUUGUGCCAAGUUAAAAUCUCAUACGCCCACCUUCGACCGCAUCUCACACAUGUGCACAGUGUGGCACAGGACUGUGUCGAUAAGCUGAUCAGCACAGUCACACCAUCCUUGGAACAAGCGCUGGAAAAUGAACUACCCUCUGAUCUGUGCAUGGAUGACACGAUCAAAGAUCAAAACGUGAAAAUUAGCCAGACAGGUGUUUCGCAUGCAACCGAUUCCCUUACAUCAGAUGAUUCACCAAAAAACAAAAGCAUUUCAGAAGAGAACACUGAGGGAAAUGAAGCCGCACCCAAAGAUGUCACAGCUCUACUUACCCCACCCCUAGAAGACAACGCAACUCACCCUUCCAAUGGAAAACUGGCUCCUCAGUCUCUGACUCACACACCUCCCUCCUCCCCAACCGCCGACCCCCCUCCUCUUUCUGAUCGCCAUGGUUACCGGUUUCGUUGCAGCAGGUGCAGCCUAGCGUUUCCCACUCAGGAGAAGCUCCAGCUUCACUGGCAGUACCACGCCAUGAGGGCGGCGACAGAAUGCCCCCUCUGCUCCAGACAGUGUCGCAGUCAGGAAGCGCUUCAGAGACACAUGCAGAAUAUACACUCGCAGCCAGACAACACACAAAAUACAGCCUCGCUGCCUCAUACGGCACAAUACACAGAACACAGUAAGAGCUCAGUUAAACAAGUUUCGAGUUUGUCACCCCAAGCUGGCCAAGAGGCCGGUGAGGAUGAAGAACUGGAGGAAGAAGUGCAGGAAGAAGAAGAAGAAGACAUUGAAGGAAAGGAACAAAAUGAGGAAUGGAGAACUAAAGACAAAGAUGCUGUCGCUGAAACUGGCGGAGGUGAUGAGCAAUUAACUGAGCAAGAAAAAGUACCAAUUGAGGAACUUCCAUCAGAACCUAUUUCUCUUACCAAAAAGAGCUUGAACCCAACAAUGGACCGGUACUUAGAUCCAUCAAGGCCGUACAAGUGUACCAUAUGUUCUGAAUCUUUUACCCAGAAGACAAUUCUUCUGGUUCACUACAAUUCAGUGUCCCAUCUCCACCGGGCCAGAAGAGCCUUGCAGGAAUCGAGCACGGGUGUCUCCGCCCCAGAGGCUCCCCGUGGCCAAGAUCCUCGACCCUACCGAUGCAAACUAUGUGGUGUGGGCUACAGCCAGAGCUCCACAUUGGACAUACAUCUACGCUCAGUUCUUCACCAAACAAGAGCUCGUGCUGCACAGAAUUCAGGUGCACAAACACCGGUGUCUACUGUAGCUACCCCAUUAUCCGCCACCACCAUGACUACUACUACAUCUGCUACAACCGGUAAGGAGACAUCAAAGAGUUUGCCUUUCACCAAGAAGCCAGAUGUAGCUAGUUCUUCAUCGGGAUUAGUCGCCGAACUCCAAGCGACUGUAUCAACUGAAGGUCAACAGGCUAAAAAGAGAGUGGCAGAACUGAUAGCGUCAAGAAACCAGCUGCUAUUAAUGCAACAACAGCAGUUGGCUCAGGCACAGGCACAGGCCCAAGCGCAGUUACAGCACACAGCGUUGCUCCAGGCCCAAGUAAUGCAGCAUCUUCCUAUUGGACCAGAGAGUCUCUUUCAGCAUUUCUCUUUGGCACCAGAAAACUUUCUGUCUCUGCAGCAGCAACUCCUUCUGCCCUUUUAUUUUCCCGGAGACAUGAAACUUCACACAGAGUUGGCAAUAAAGAGCUUGGAACAUACCCAAUCUGAGACAGCCAAGUCUACAAUGAAUGAACAGAUUAAGGGAGAGGGUAAAAAGGAGAAAAACCCGCAAACCGAUGAAAAACAUACUCCUCAUGAAUUGUCGUCCUCAGAUAAUAUUCAAACAAAAGACGUUAUGCCUUCUGACACCAGAGUUGAAUGCGGCACUAGAUCCUCCAGCAGCCCAAAAGAAAAAGAAUGCAUCAGAGACCUUGUUGGUGAAAAGGAAGAAAUGUCUGCUCCUAUUGUUAAAAAUGAGAGUGAUGAUUCAUCCACAGUUAAUGUGCCAAAAUUACAGUGCCCUCCACCAAGAGUGCCAUAUGCUGCUGUAAACGGGGAAGCUCUUAGGACCUUGUUGCAGAGUUAUGGCUACGAGUUGGCAUUACAGUACAUACAAAGCAGACAUAGGCACCAGCAGCAGAUUGCAACCCAAAUGAUAAAUAUGAGAAAGGAGUGCUCUGAUAUUCGCAAGAUGGAAUUGUAUUCAGGGGAACAAAAAGGGUCAAUUGGAACAGAGAAUGGAAUGCCACAAAGCUACAAUAAGGAUGUCAAAAAUGAUGUUCAAGACGUACAAAGUUUCCCAGGGGAAAAUAAUCCGGGCAAAUAUGAUGACGCAAGUGAAAUUGCCAUCAAAGAGAAAGGCUGCUGUGGAAGAGGACAAAAGUGUAGAGAUUGCGGGAAGUUUUUUUCAGAUGCCAUGAUUUUAAAGAGUCACCAGGAAUACAUUCACAGACAAGUGCUUCCCACUGCUGCGCUCGAGAGGUUUUCCAGAGAAUACCGACUACAGUAUGAUCAAUUGUACCCCUUGAAAGAGAACAAAUCUGGAGAAGAUCCAUCUCAGAGUACACCAGUUUCGAUUCCAGCUUCAGAAUCAGAACUUGUAUCUGAAGCAGAUGAGCCUCAAGUUAAAACAUCACCUCCAUCCUCAAUUUCAGAUCCUGAAACGAAAACGUGUGAGACAGCUGAAGACCUAUCCCUUGCCUCUGUACCCUCUCCUCUUUCUUCUCAGUCUCAAGAGGCGCCUCUUACAAGCACAUCUACUGUUAUUUCUCAAAACGCAUCGCCAGCAGAGGCCAUACCUAUUCCCUUACCAAAAAUACCUAUGCUUCCUCUGUCGCAGCUUCCUAUUCCCCCAUUGACUUUACCCAAGCUCCCCCUACCGCCAAUCCCUUUUCCGAUGGAGCUACCGCUUAUUCCUCCAGUUGUAAUGCAGCCCGUGGGUCUGCAGCCCCCAAAGUGGUUGGACUCAAGUGUAAACCCAGAUUUGGCAAAACUCUACCAAUCUCAACUGCUUGGGCAACAGACACCUAUUAGUCCAGCGGCCAUUUCCCAACCAUCUCAGCUUAGCCCGGCGUUGCUCGGCCAGCCUCCUCACGUCAAUUCCUCGUUGCUAAGUCAACCAGCUCAGAGGGAACAGCCUCCAAUAAGCCCAACAAUACUGGACCAACAGCAAGGCAAGAGAACUCGCACUCGAAUCUCUGAGGAUCAACUGAAUAUUCUGAGAAAACACUUUGAUAUCAACAGUCUCCCAAGUGAUGAGGAGCUCAACAAGAUAUCUAGUCUGUCUGGUCUACCUCACAAAGUCAUCAAACACUGGUUUCGCAACACUCUUUUUAAAGAGCGCCAACGUGAUAAGGACUCACCCUACAAUUUCAAUAACCCCCCAACCACAGCACUUGAGGAGUCCAGAGAGGAAGUCAUACAGAACCUAUCUCUGAAGUUGUCCCCGUCAUCCCCAUCUCCAGCACCGACCGACAUGUCCCAUCAAACCCCGCUGACAGACAGCCAAAGAGGCAAUCCGCACAGGGGGAGGCGUUCUUCUCGAACUCGCUUUACAGAGAAACAGCUGGAGAUGCUGCAGGGGGUGUUUGAAGCAACUCCCUAUCCUAGAGAAGAAGAAUAUGACAGGUUGUCAUCCCAGUUGUCUCUCCCGAACAGAGUCAUUGUGGUAUGGUUCCAAAAUGCAAGGCAAAGAGCCCGCAAGAGCCAGGACAGAGGGGCAGAUGACGGAAUAGAGGGAACGAGCCAGCUUGACAUUCUUCGGAAGAGAGACGGAUACUACAAAAAUUAUGACACUGAGGAUAUCAGCAAUGGGGACGAAGGGCAAAGUGACUCUUCUAUGGAUUUGACCUAUGAGUAUUAUACCCAUCCAGACUCUCCUUUUCUUGAUUCAUCAAAUCUUUCCACAGAAAGUGAGAAUCAGAUGGACAAUGAAGAAUUAACACCCGCUAUCAAGAAACAAGAAAAUACAACUGCCACUCCUCGUACUAGCAAAACCGUUAAAAAAGAAAUGCCUGAGCUAAACACUGACAGCACAGAAAUAGUGCAGGCAUUGCAAAAUGUGUUCAAAGCUGAGAAUCUGGUCCCACCUCUACAAGGAAGAUCAGCAGAAAGACCCCAGCCAUGCUCUACUGACCCCUCACAAAGCACAGUACAGAACAGCCCAUCAUCUGAUGAGAGCCAGGAUCACAAAGAGAGUUUAUCCCCAACUAAAGGCGUUGAAAAACCCGCACUUAUAUCACAGAGCCUACCUUUGUCUUCAGAGUCGGAAAAAAAACACACUCUACAGCAUGAAGCUUCCUCCCGUCCAUCUACCGAGACCCAGUCACUAAGCCACCUCCAAAUACCAAACUCAUUUCAGUGCAAUCUAUGCCCACUGUCCCUGCCAUCUUUCCAAAUGUGGCAGGAACAUCAGACAAGGCACCUGCUCGCGGCUCAGUCGCAGGUCCAACUCCUUCAUUCUGGCUUCACCGACAGAACAUUGCCAUAUAUGAUGCUCCACUCCAACCACUCCCUCAUGGCCAGCCAAAUGCUUUCAGGUGCGAUGACGCAGUUGCACCCUAAUGCCACAAGUCCCAUGAUUUCACACUUGAAUAGCACACAAGUUAAGAAUUCACUUGCUGACCUGUCUCAAAGUUCCUUGAAGCAGAACUCAAAGCUAAUGUCAGAGGGCAGUUUUGAUAUUCAAAGAUAUAGCAGAGAGGCUGAGGAAGAGCAUAGAAGGGAUAAGCGUCAGAGAACCACCAUCACCCCAGAACAGCUUGAAGUGUUGUAUCAACGUUACAGCUUGGACUCCAAUCCCACCAGAGGAGUCCUAGAGGGUAUUGCCCAGGACGUGGGCCUCACAAGAAGAGUGGUUCAGGUCUGGUUUCAAAACACACGGGCGAGAGAACGAAAAGGGCAGUUCAGGUCAAUGGGCCCAGGUUCUGGUUUCAGCAUGGCCUUAAACCAUCUCCGCUGUCCAUUUUGCAGGGCUCUCUUUAAGGUGAAGAGUGCUCUGGAUGCCCAUAUAAGGUCGCGCCACUGGGCAGAGGCUGAAAGAGCAGGCUACAACUUGUCAAUGAAUAACUAUUCUAGUGGGCCCAAUGGGAUGGCUAUGUCUUCGGUCAUGGACAAAGCAGGCCCAUCUCUCUCCUGUCACAUCAUCCCAAACACUGGCAUUGCUAUAAGCAACAAAGAGCAAACAGUCAAACCUGUUACAUUUCUGUCUUCAACCAUUGAUCCGAACAACCCAGGGGAGUAUGAUGACUUUGACGAAGACGAUGAGGAGUUCCAAUGUGAAGAGGGUUCAAGUAUGGCUAACCAAGGGCUGCCGAGUCCUGAUGGCUCAGGGGGUCAAAGUUCAGACUGGGGGGAGACUCUGCAGCCACACCAACAUCAGCAGCAACGCCAAAGGACACAGAUGAGCCACUUUCAAAUACUCCAACUUAAAGACUUCUACAAGAGCCACCGUACACCAAAUCGACAUGAGUGCGAGGCACUCGGGCGGGAAUUGGGACUGCCCCACCGUGUUGUGCAGGUAUGGUUCCAGAAUGCCAGAGCCAAGGAGAAGAGGGCAAGAAGUUUGAGCUCCGACUCUGCAGACAGAGAGCAGGCAGAGCUGACACCCGGCGCAGGGGAGAGAGACCGGGCUUAAUGAGGGUCCCUUUACGUUCUUCUACUAUGCUCUUAAAACUCAUUUUCCUACUGUCAACCUCUUAAAACAAAACUUCACUUUGCUGCCAAACCUGUUUCCUGAGCACCCCAAAGAUGCAGAACCACCGUGGCCCAAAGAGAACCGUUUUCAACUGAAAGCAGACCCAAACCAUGGCCUCGUCGCAACAACUUUGUCUUUUUGGAUUGCUGUCUCGUACGCGGUCCGUCUUUCCUUGUUGCGUCAGACACCUUUCUACAACCAAACCCAUCCUCGGAAUAACAACAACGCCACAUAGGCCAAAGAGCAUUCUCAAAGUAUGUGCCCUCACUGUCUAGCUAGACCUGCAGUCUACCUCCCGAUCUCCACAAAAGACUCGAUGUGGGACCCUUCAACCAGACAGUGCUUGAGGACUAGCAGCGUAGCAUGUGGUGUGGGUCUUCAAGAGGCUGGAACAGGAACUUUCAAAGAGAUUUUCGUGUAAAUACAAAGUAGAGCGCUCCAAAAGAUAAACUUGAAGAAGGAGGAAAAAAACAAAAAAACAAAGCAGUUAACGAGGGUAAAGAAGGAAACCAAGUUAAUACCCCGAUUCUAGGCGGUGGUAUUUCCAUUGAGCUUUUGUAACGACUGACUCAGAUUCCAAAGCUCGUAACCAAAAUUUUCCAUGUCUGUUGUUUCAUCGUGUUUGUUUCCAGCAACAAACUGCAGAGCUGACGUCUGUACAGUGAAGGGUGAGACCUGCACCUGGCACAGGACAAGAGGGAAGCGAUGGACUGAUGUAGUGCCAGAGUGCAGGUCCACCCACCACAAGCCAAUGAUGAGUCUUCUGUUGUACAUGGACACGUUCCUACGUGCUCCUACGUUCCUUUGGUGGAUAAUAGCCCAAAUAGCACAGAGCAGAAAGGCAAGUUUGCCCCGGAAGGGACAAACUAUUUUUAUAGCACUCAACCAUAAAACUGUAUGUGAUGACUUUAACCAAACUCAAAUUGACAUCGUGUGCGUGUGUGUGUCUAGUCGUAGUUUCUUAAUAUAAAUCUUAAGAAUUGAGAUCAACUGUCUUGCUUCGGUAUAACAGUGUCAUGAUUCUAAAAAGAUUAUGACAGCUUUGAUAUGUUCAGGUAAGGAUUAACUGCCUUUCUGUUCUUUGAAUAUACCAAUGGCUUACCCAUGUUGUGUGAUGAAUAUGAAGCUUUCUACGCUCAGGUCAGCAGCUCAAUAUGGCUCCACCUUCAAUGUGAACCCGAUACUUUCCGUCUUUUAAGGCGGGAGGGGCACAUUUUUGGUUGGAACCACAUUAAGUAUUAUUACAUCGACAAAAACAUCUGUGUAUAUCAAAGAUCUGAGCUUUUCACCUCAAAUAGAUUGUUACAAAAAAAAAAACCUUAUUGAAACUAAAGUGUUUAAUAGCUUGAGGGGUAAAUGUACAGUAUUUAGCUUUUGUAUGGUUGACUCAAGACUUCAUUGGAUGUUUGAGACGCAGCUCCUGUUUGUACACACCAACACGGAGCUUCUGCGCUAAGCAGAGGAAAAAAACCUAAUGGAUGUUACCGAUGUUAUUUUUGUACACUUAAUUUAUUUUUCCUUUUCUCCCUUCCCUCUUUCUUUGAAAUGUUUUUUUUCCAGAUUUUCUUUUUUUUUUUUUUUUGCAACCAGUCCUUAUCUAACUGUAAUAAUAAUAUAACAAUAAUAGCUGAACAAUAAUUAAUGCUUUAAGACAAAAAUCCAAAGACGUGAAAAUACUUUACCAUAAGACCUACAAAAGCAAGCGCUACUGUGUACUUGAUGAUGUUUUGCUGUUUUUAAACGAAGGAGUCCCAAUAGCGAAGCUACUGUUUUCUGCCUUUCAUAAGCACACUGGAGUACUCUGUAACCAAAACCCCAAACUAGAGCCAUGGCAGUCUGUAAUAUAGCGGUUGAAGAGUUUUACUUUUUCUGAGAAAUUUUGCAUUCUUUUUUCUUUUUUCUUUUUUUUAAGCAUAAUGUGCAACUCCAGCCCUUAAGGAUGUCCAGUUUGCUGCUAAUGUACCGUAGUUUCUAAUGUUACUGUAGAAAGAUGCAUGCUUGGCUCGCUUUACCACUAGGCUUUAAUGACGACAAACUGUAAUAAUGAAUACCCGUGAUGCUGUUGAUGGAAUGCUUCUGUUAUGUUGGAAACAAAUUGGUACAUGGGGCUAAAUUCCAUCAAGUUUUUUUUUCCCCGUCAUCGAUUUAGAGAGGAAAACAGCAGAACUUUUUUUUUUUUAUACUAGAUAGAAACCGCAAGUUACCGACUAAAUUUGUUAGUGUGUUUACUUGCUAAAAACGAGAACGAAAUUUGGCAUAUUUGAAGGAGUUCAGCCCCACCAGAAUUGUCAAGGUAUCUCUUUUAUUUUUCUGUGCUCCGAUGUCUGUACUCCAUUUUCCCUGCAAAAAAAAAAAAAAAACAGCUUUCCAAAGGAUGCGGACUGACCAACGCUGUCUUGUUUUGUUCUCAAACUAACCAAUGUUUACGACAAUACCAAUGAGCUUUCUUCUGUACAGAAAUGUGCAUUCCAAAAACUGUUUUUUCUACACUUAAUUAUUUUCUGACUUUUAUUUCACUGAUCUCUGAUGACCAUAAAAUGUACAUAUUGGGGUCUACUGCUGUGAAGGGACUCCUUAUUGUAGGUAAAACUGACUCUUGUUAUUUUUUGUUUGUUUUUCUUUCCCUAAAUAUGUUGUUGCCAUAGUGAUGACCAAAAAGAUACCUGUGAUGUGCACCUGUCCUUAUGUCUUGCUCCAGUGGUUUUGUGUGUCUCUAUUUCCCUUCCCCCACUUUUCCCCCCCCAGCUGGUGUAUUUCUCUUUACCUUACCGCUCCCGUAUUCCACUGAGCUAAAUAAAGUCUGCUUUGGUGCA